AUGACCGAAAGUUCACUCCCAACUUCCACAGUCGUGGCAGCAACACACGCUGAACAAGUCUCGCCGACAAUUUCCCCCUUCAUACUCGCCUUCGAUAUCAUCGUCGCCAUCUUUACCUGGCUCUUCUCAUUCAACUGGUCCGGGUUCUUCUUACGCAUCUUUGCUAUCGUCAGCUUCCCUUUUCGUCUUAUUUUGUUUCCGUUGUCUAUAGUGGCGAAUAUCCUUCUUGUCAUUUUCGCACCUGUCAUCCAUCUGUUUUCCUACGCGGCAGCUUGCGUGCGUUCUGUUUGGGCAUUCUUGGCUGGCUUAGAGCCAUUGUAUACCUUUUUCGGUGCAGCAGCUGGCGUUGGCAUCAUAGCUGGCAUCACUAUAGCCAUCUUCUCAUCUGUCAUCACAUCUUACCUCGGAAUGCAGAAAGAUGACUACGCCGUGAAGCGAUCAGGCUCCAAGGAAAGUCUACUCGAAACAAGCAGUCGAAGAGACUCUUUAUCUUCAGACACAGACCUUGGAUGGCAAUGGCUGGACUCAUCCAGCUCAAGGCGCCGACCAACAAGCGGUUUACUCUCACAAACGAUUCACGAGGAGGACGAUGAUUCAGAAUAUUGA